UUUUGGGCUCUUUUUUUUUUUUUUUUCUUUUUUUGUGUACAAUCUGAGAGUUCAAUUACUUUUGGUUUUCAAUGUGUUUCAUGCGCACUUUUGUCGAGAGAUGACAGUGACCGGGUAGAGUCGGCAGGUAAACGGUCUCCACCAGCACCAGUUGCCGUCACCAUGCUAAGUACAAACGUCUACAUCCGUUUCUAUAAUUUGCACUGGGGGCAAUCCCAGUGUCCGCACUAGGGUCGUCCUCUAAUCCUGGACGACUACAAACGUGCUUGUGAGCGAGCUCUCGGCUUGAAAACAUCCCCCUUGCAAUCCUUUCAUGGUGAUACCUAUGCCAAGCAUCACACUUUUCAGGCAGUCGCUGCCGUUUUACGCAUUUCUCUUGCACAUUUGAAACGCUCCUAGGUUGUGGACCCUAGUCAUUGUUGGUUGGUCGGUAUUCAAAAACGUCGCCGGGUUUCUCACUUUCCCUCACUAUAUUGGCUUUAGCUUCCGCUGUUCUGCUGCGAUUGAGCUUGAAGUAGAGGAAGGUGCUGUUGAAUGGCGACGUAGAUGGGUCGCCCAUUGACAAUAAGUCUUCCAAAUUGAUCGACGUGUGCAAAUUAGUCAUUACUUGAGCUGCAAGAUUGGAAUAGAAACAGUCCAGAUUGUGUAGAGUUCCCGACGCUGUUAAAACCUUGUUGAAGAAAGGGUGGUUCUGGUGAUGGUUAUGGCGAGAACAAGAUUUGUGAUGUGGGUGUUCGUCGCCUUGAGCUUGUCCAUGCGAAUGCCUCCCUCGGUUGAAGCUUCGCGCGAUGGCCCGAGUAGCAUAGAAUUUUACGUACACAAUCCCGGAUUGUUCACCCCAUUCCCCAACCCCACCGAAGUUGUUCAACUGGCUAUGAAAGGUUCCGAACCAAGGCCACGAAGCUUCAAGAGUCGCAUCAUCACGUUCAACCACGCCAUCACCGGGACACACUACAAGAAUUCCCCCGUCCUUGGCAGAGCUCACGGCAUCCGAGUGGUAGACAAGGUGGGCGACGGCCCUUUGGCUUUCACGUGGCUUUUCACCGCCAGCUUCAACACGAGCUCAUUCGACGGCACUCUGAGCUUUCAGGGGACCACACUCAACUUUCCUUCCUCCGACUUUAGCGACGUUGCCGUGACGGGCGGCACUGGCAGCUUCAGAUUCGCUCGUGGCUACGCGACCUUCACGAAUUUCUAUAGAGACGACGAGAUCUCGGUUCUGGAAGGUCAACAUUUCCAAGUCUUCCUCCGAUACUAGGUUGCACAAUUCAUUGGCUUCAUCAGAAGAUGGGGUGAGUGGAUGAAUUAGAAUCUGUAUCAAGAUGUAUGUAGAUAGAUGGAGCGGUCUUUAAUUCUGCGAGUUAAUGGGUGGGAGACGUUUUAACAACCUGAGGAUAAAAGUUUUAGAAAUCCAUUACAUGGUUUCGUACGCAAAUGACGCUCUUCACUCGAGCAUCGCUUAUUCGACUCCA